AUGACGAGUUCCAGUCCUUUCGAUAACGACGCGCUUCCUCGAAACGCGGCGAAUUACGCGCCGUUGACUCCGUUGACUUUCAUCCGCCGCGCCGCCGACGUGCACGGCGACCGAUGCGCCGUGGUGUACGGCGACCAGGCGUGGACGUGGAGUCAGACGUACCGCCGCUGCUGCAAACUCGCGUCCGCGCUGUGCCGCCGCGGCAUCGGGAAGAACGACACGGUGGCGGUGCUAGCGCCCAAUGUGCCAGCUCUCUACGAGGCGCACUUCGGAGUGCCCAUGGCGGGGGCUAUUCUCAACGCCAUCAACACGCGUCUAGAUGCUCGCACCGUCGCCCUCAUCCUCGCCCACGGCUCUGCCCGCCUGGUCAUGGCGCACCGGUCGCUGGCGCCGCUGCUCACUGACGCCCUGCUGCUGCUGCCAGGCCUGCUGCGGGAGAAGGGGCGUCUAUCAGGCCUGCCACAGGUGGGUGGUGCUGGUUGGUGCUUCUCCCCCCAAGGUGCUUCUCCCCCCAAGGUGCGUCCCCCCCCAAGGUGCUUCUCCCCCCAAGGUGCGUCUCCCCCCAAGGUGCGUCUCCCCCCAAGGUGCUUCUCCCCCCAAGGUGCUUCUCCCCCCAAGGUGCUUCUCCCCCCAAGGUGCUUCUCCCCCCAAGGUGCUUCUCCCCCCAAGGUGCUUCUCCCCCCAAGGUGCUUCUCCCCCCAAGGUGCUUCUCCCCCCAAGGUGCUUCUCCCCCCAAGGUGCUUCUCCCCCCAAGGUGCUUCUCCCCCCAAGGUGCUUCUCCCCCCAAGGUGCUUCUCCCCCAAGGUGCUUCUCCCCCAAGGUGCUUCUCCCCCCAAGGUGCUUCUCCCCCCAAGGUGCUUCUCCCCCCAAGGUGCUUCUCCCCCCAAGGUGCUUCUCCCCCCCUCUGCCUCGCCCAAGCUGCUCUUCCCUCUGCCACCCAUGUGCAUGAGAGUAGGGGCACAUGUUACUCCUCAGGCGCGCGCGUACCUAUCAGCGCUGGCCAACGUGCUAGCAUGGGGGCUGCACGCGUUGCCAGGGGGCCAGCGCCCCGUGGUGUGGUGUGCACACACAGCUGCACGCACUGCCAGGCGGCCAGCGCCCCGUGUACCUGUGGGUGCUGCCACUCUUUAUGUAACUUUCCUUCCCCUCCCUUCACUCGCUUUCCCCCUCCGCCAGGGUGUGGUGUGCACACACAGGGGCGCAUACCUAUCAGCCCUGGCCAACGUGCUAGCGUGGGGGCUGCAUGCGCAGCCAGGGGUGCAGCGCCCCGUGUACCUCUGGACGCUGCCACUCUUCCACUGCAACGGCUGGACCUUCCCCUGGGUGCUCGCUGCUGUUGCCGGCACCAAUGUGUGCUGCAGAGAGGUCACAGGGCCAGCAUGUCACAGCGGCCAGCAUCUUCUCUCUCAUUUCCCGGCACCGAGUCACCCACAUGUGGGCCGCCCCCGUGGUGCUCUCCUUCCUCAUCCAUGCGCCCGACUCCCCCACCCAACCCCCUCACCCCCACUCCACCAGGUCACAGCGGCCAGCAUAUUCUCUCUCAUCCUGCGCCGCAGAGUGACUCACAUGUGCGCAGCACCCGUGGUGCUCUCCUUCCUCAUCCACGCGCCCGACUCCCUCCGCCUGCCCUUCCUCGCCGCACAACGCGCCCAGGGGCAUGGGGGGAGUGACUAUAGCGAGGGCAGAUGGGAGGGCAAUAGCGAGGGCAGCAGGGAAGGCGGAAGGGAUGGGUAUAGUGAGGGAAAUAGGGAGGGCAGCAACAGGGGGAGGCAGGAGGCGAGGCGGGUGCAUGUGAUGACAGCGGGGGCAGCGCCGCCACCAGCAGUGCUGGCGGGGAUAGAGGCGAUGGGGUUUGAGGUGCUGCAUGCAUACGGGCUCACGGAGACGUAUGGGCCGGCUGUGGUGUGCGAGUGGCAGGAUGAACGGUGGCGGGGGGCGGAUGAGGGUGAGAGGGCCAGGCUCAAGGCGCGGCAGGGCGUGCGCUGUAUGGCCCUGGAAGGCCUAGCCGUGAUGGACCCAGUCACGAUGCGACACGUGGCGGCGGACGGGCGGAGCAUGGGCGAGGUGAUGCUGCGGGGUAACAUGGUAAUGAAGGGGUACGCGGGCGACCCACAGGCUACUGAAGCGGCGUUCCGAGGGGGGUGGUUCCACUCGGGGGACCUUGCUGUCAUGCACCCUGAUGGGUACAUUGAACUCAAG